AUGGCGCUCCUCGCCCCGCGCCUCGUCCCGUGCAUCGCGCCCGCGCGCCUCGCGCGCCGGGCGCGCCUCGUCGCCGGAUGCGCGGUUAACGUCGUCGCCCCGUCGCCAGCCUCGGCGCCCGUCGCGACGUCGCUCGCCCCGGCGACGACGCCGCGCGUCUCGCGCCCGGGAAUCAGAUCGCCUAACGGUCGUGCCGCGCGGGCGGUCGCGUGCGGCGGCGGCGCGCACGCGCUCUUCGACGUCGCCGCGGGCGCGUUCCGGGUCUCAUCCCUCGCGCACAACUCCGCGGCGCUCGCGUGCGCCGUCGCGCUCGCCAUCCUCGUCGUCCAGGCGCUGGACGAUACCGGCGCAUCGGCCGGCAACGAUAAACGCAACGCGUCGCUCUUACUCCUCUCCGCCGCCAUCGUCGCCCCGCCCGCGGUCACGGCGUGGUGGCUCACGAGCGCGGGGCGAUCUGUCGCGUUCGGCGCGCUCGCCCUGAGGACCUUCCUCCUGAACGGCUCGUUGAGUCUCUUCGGCGCGCUCUCAACCGCGGUGGACGCCGUCGCAACCUUCGGCUUGCUCGUGAUUACCGCGACGCCUUGGGCGAACGCGUGGCGGUGCACGCGAACCGCCGCCGUCGUCAACGCGGCGGUGUGCGCGUACAUGCUCUUCUCGCACAUGCGCGGCGGCGGGGACUUCGCGACGGCGUCGCAGGGUAAGUACCUCAGCGCCGGUGCCGGGUUGACGCUGUUGGCCACCGCGGGAUACGUAGUGCUGCUGGCGUUGGCUGUUGCAUCAACGGGCGCGCGCUGGUGA